AUGGAAUCGGAAAACGCCAAUGGACUGGAGGCUCUGAGGGCUUCAAUACUGGCCCAUGACCAGCAGUUUCAAGAACUGAUGCGCAUGAUCCCGCCGAAAUACUAUAUCGCCCAGCAGCAGUUCUCACUCACCUUCCCAAACAACACUCAGAAAUCCGGCAAGAAAAAUAAGAAAUAUCAUCAGCCUGUUGAUCCCGAAGCCAAGCGACUCCAGAAGCGCGCCAAGUAUGACCCCGACACACUUCCUACGAUUCCACAACUACAAGGGUUAAAUAAGAGCGCUGGCGACAAGUCACAGUCGAGCCAGAAAACCACGAAAACUUUACCGGAUGGCGAUGAGGAAAGCGAAGCAACCAAGGAUACCGUCUCGCCCGCCGCUCAACUGUCUCGGGCCGAGCUACAAGCUAAACUUCAAAAACGCAUCGAAGUCCUUCAAGGAACUUCUCAGCGAACCAACCUGUCACCGGAAAAUUCCGACUCUGUCGGUCUGACCGGCAAAGACGCUCUUCUCAAUCUCGAGAGAAAAAAACGAGGCGAGAUGCGCGAUCGGAGACGGAAGGAAAGGAAGGAGGCACGCUCGAAAGAGAAACAACUCAAACUGGAACAAACCUUACUCAAAAAGAAGAAAUCCGCUGGCUCAUCUUCUAAACCCUCUAACGCUCCCUCCGGUUCUGGAAAUCGACAGAAGGGUGGAAAGACUAGUGAAGACGUUCAACCCCAAAAAGAAGUUUCGAAAGACCCAGCUCUACAAUCGAAAUCGAACCAGCCUGAUCCGUCCCCUUCGAAAGCCGAUAAACACGCUGCAGGUCCUACAGCGGCAGAAGGAUCGAAGUCGUCGACUAAGAAUAGCGCUCAUGCACACGAACCCGAUCUGGCUUUCUCCUCCUUAUCGUUUGAUCUGAAACAGUCAUCAGCAGUUGAUGGAGCCCAUUCCCACGGACACAAAAACCCAUCAUGGACGUCGAAGAAACCCCAGGAGGCGAAGACGGCAUUAGAUAGGAGAGAAGCCUACCUGGAGAAACUGACGCCGGAGGCUCGGGAGAGGGCUGAAGAGAGCAAGAAGUGGGAAAAGGCUAAUCUACAAGCUUCGGGGACGAAAGUGAUGGACGAUCGGAAAAAAAUCGAGAAGGCACUCAAGAAACAGACCAAGGAGAAGAAGAAGAAGAAACAUCAGUGGGACGAACGGAUCAAGGUGGUCGAGAAACUUAAGGAAGACAAACAAAAGAAGCGCAACGAAAAUAUCCAGGCUCGUAAGGAUCAGAUCCGUGAUAAGAAAAAAGGUAUCAAAGCUAAGGGGAAUCCUCACCCUAAUAAAAAAUCUAAAAGCUCAACUGGUAAGAAACCUGUCAAAGGCUUCUAA